AUGACUUUGCACGACGUCGGCAUGCUUCAACGCUGUGAUGUGGAUCAAUUUUACAAGUACACCUCGGGUCGAUGGCUCUGGAAUGAGAAGCAUCAACUUGCUCGACGUUACGUCAAGUUUGACCUACCGGAGCUCCUCCAAGUCUCCGCGCAAGCGACUGGAGCUCGCUCUUGUGACAAGAUUGAGAAACUGCCUGAAGGAAAUUUUAGCAAGGUCUUUCUAAUUACCAUGAAUAAUGGCCGAGAAUUAAUCGCCAAACUCCCCAACCCUAAUGCUGGACGUCCGCACUUUACGACAGCCAGCGAAGCCGCCACCAUGGACUACGUUCGAAAUGUCCUCGGCAUUCCGGCGCCCCGCGUAUAUGGUUGGAGCUCCUCGACAGACAAUCUCGUUGGAGCAGAGUACAUCCUGAUGGAACGCAGUAGGGGAGAAAGACUUGAGGUUAUCAGGACCUUGGUUGGGUACGAGAAAGCUUUUGUUUGUGUCAAUCUUCCCAUGUACGGGAGCUUGUAUUAUGCAAAGGACCUGCCUAGCCCAAGCCCAAAUCAAUUUCUUGACCCCGCCAACUCGGUACACAAAGAUUCUGUCCAAGUAGAUCGAGGGCCAUGGCUUUCACUUGAAGAAUUUAUCCAUUCCCGCGCCGCCCGAGAGCUAGCGUGCGUCGACAAAUUCUCGUCGUAUCUUGGUCAGCAAGGGCUGUUUCGUGGACCCAACCAAUACCGUCCAAGCAGAGCAUUGAAGGUCAGAGUCCUCGGUGAUUAUCUGAAAAUCGCAACCCAGAUUCUGCCUAACGAUUUCAACCUGUCAAAGCCCACUCUAUGGUACCCGGAUCUGCACAGUGACAAUAUCUUCGUCGGCCCUUCCCAACCGACCAGAAUCCUUGAUAUCGUCGAUUGGCAAGCAGUUAAUAUGUCCCCGCUCUUCCUCCAAGCACGCCAUCCAUCGCUCAUCGAGUUCGAAGGCCCAAUACCACAAGGCUUUGAGCCAAUAGCACUACCCGAUAAUUUCGAUGAUAUGAGCGAAGAGGCACAACACCAAGCCAAGAAUCUGCGCGCUGCCCAGUCUCUCUAUAAAGUCUAUGAAAUCCUCAUGCUCCGCCAAUGUCCGGACAUUGCUCAUGCGCUGCAUUUUCGAGACACGCUGCCAGGCCAAAUCACUGGAUUGGCAAGCUCCAACUUCAGCGAUGGAGAGCCAGUCUUACAAGGAAUGCUCAUUCGACUUCAGAAUGAGUGGGAAACAUAUGUUACAUCUUCUACACCGUGUCCCCUUUCCUUUACUCCCGACGAUAGGAUGCAGCAGCAACGCGUCGAACUGAUGCAUGAGGUUUCGGCCGAGAUUGGUGCCUACCAGGGAUGGGAUGGCUGGGUCAAUCAUAGCAAUUAUCCCGUGUACAAGGAGCGGUUGGCCAGAUGUCGCGAGAAUUUUCUGCAUCGCUACGCGAAAACUGACGAGGAAAGAAGUCAGUAG